AUGACUUAUAGAUUGAGCUCAACUCUACUGGGGCAUGAACAAGAUGUCAAAAGUUUGGCUAACACAACAAUUGACUCAAAUCCAGUUUUAAUUUCAGUUUCAAGAGAUUCAACUACAAGAGUAUGGAAUAAUCCGAAUAUUACAUCUAAUGAUUCAACAAUAAUUUUCAAUUCUCCAUCAAAAGCAUUCAUAAACUCUACUGCUGUUAUAGAACGUGAAAAUGGGGAAAAGUUAAUAGCUAGUGGAGGACAAGAUGCAAUAAUAUAUUUAAGUGAUUUAAAUGAUAAUUUUGAUCAAGAUAGUAAAUAUCAAUUAAUUGGUCAUCAAGGUAAUGUAUGUGCCAUGAAUUUUAAAAAUAAUGAGUUAAUAUCUAGCUCAUGGGAUGGAACUGCAAUUGUUUGGAAUUUAAAUGAAUUUAUACCCAAAUAUAUUUUAAAAAAACAUGAAUCAUCAGUUUGGGAUUGUAAAAUAAUUGAAAAAGAUAAAUAUAUCACUGCAUCAGCUGAUAAGACUAUAAAACUAUGGCAUGGUGAUCAUGUAGUAAGAGAAUUUAUUGGACAUCUGGAUGUAGUGAGAAAAUUACUAGUCUUACCGGGAUCAAAUCAAUUUGUAUCAAGUUCAAAUGAUGGAACAAUCAAAAUAUGGGACUUAAACACAGGAUCUAACAUAGCGACUUUGGUUGGACAUGAUUCUUUUGUUUAUGAUUUAGCACUAUUGUCAAAUGGAAACUUAGUAUCUACUGGUGAAGAUAGAACAGUAAGGGUAUGGGAUUUGAACGCUAGAAAGGUUUCACAAGUUAUUACAUUGCCAUGUAUAUCCGUUUGGUGCGUAACUACAUUUCAACAAGGCAAUGAUUUUGCUGUCGGGGGAUCUGAUAACCUAAUACGUACAUUCACACAAGAUCCAGAACGAAUUGCUUCUGAAAGUGAAAUUAAAAAAUUUAUUGAAGCUGUUCAAUCUUCUUCUAUAUCUGAACAGUCAUUAGAUGAUUUAAAGAAAACUGACAUUCCAGGAAUCGAUGUUUUACAAAAACCAGGUAAAAAUGAAGGAUCUACUAUAAUGGUAAAAACAAACGAUGGAACAAUUGAAGCUCAUCAAUGGUCAGGUGGUGAAUGGCAUAAAAUUGGAGAUGUAGUUGGAGGAGCUUCGAAAUCAGGUAAAAAACAGGAAUAUCAAGGUAAAAUGUAUGAUUAUGUUUUUGAUGUUGAUAUUAAAGAUGGUGAACCACCUUUAAAAUUACCUUAUAAUUUAAAUGAAAAUCCAUAUGUUGUUGCUGAAAAAUUCCUUGCAGAUAAUGAAUUACCAAGUUCUUAUACUGAGGAAGUAGUUCAAUUUUUAGAGAAAAAUACUGAAGGAGCAAAACUUGAUGAAAAUGUUGCACCAACCACACAAACUGGGGAACCUCAAAGAACGAUUGAUCCUUAUUCUGAUGCUUAUGUUAGAGAACAACGAAAAUCAAAAACUUUACUGGUUAUUCCUGAAAAAGCAUUCAUAUUGUUUAAAGAGUUCAAAAAGGAUUCAAUAAUAAAUGGGUUAAAGAAAUUAAAUGCCAAUCAGACAAAAGAUAAAUUUGUUGAUGAUGAUAUACAACAUAUAAAUGAUUUAUUAUCAGAUUUAUCAUCUCAAGAUGCUGUUGAAAUUAUUUCUGAUUAUGCUCUUCAAAUUAUAGCAAAUUGGGAUGUUAAUUCAAAAUUAAUUGGUUUUGAUUUAUUAAGAUUAAGUAUUCCUAAAGUUACUGCUGUUGAUUUUUUACAUGAAAAAUCACCAACUGAAACUAUAAAUAAUGAAAUAAUAGCAGGUUUAACAGCAAUUGGACCUUCAAAUUCUGCGUUAUUAAUGAUGGUAUUAAAAGUUUUGAGUAAUUUUAUAAAUAGUGCUGGAUUUAUUCAAGCAUAUAUGGAUCCUGUUGGAACUAACUCAUCAUUAUAUCAAUAUAAUGAAAUAUUUGAAGAAAUAUUGAAAUUAAUUUUAAACAAAUGUAAUAUCAUCGAUACUACUAAUAAGUUAUAUUCAUCAGCCAUAGUUUCAUUGGCCACAUUCAUAUACAAUUUAUCUGUUGUUCAACUCAAAACUACUGGAUUAAAAGUAAGAUCAGAAGAAUCAGCAAAACCUAUUUUACAAUUAAUAAAUUCUGUAGGUCUGCAAAUUAUUGGUUCUUCAAAUGAAGCUGCUUAUAGAUUAUUAAUCGCUUAUGGAAACUUCAAAUUCAGUGAAGCUUAUGGUAAAAAUAGUAAAGCUCCUGAAUGGUUAAAUAAAGCUUUAGAAAAUUAUGGAAACGAAACUAGAUUUCAAACUUUAAAGACAGAUUUGGAGAAUAUUUUUUGA